AUGGUUUUCAUUCUUGGAGUCAACUUUUCCGAGCAGAAGCUCGUGAAGAAGGCGCUCGAGUCUUUCUUUGCACUCGGGCCGACCGCAUCGCAACGCAUCCUGGCCAAGUACUCGAUCCACCCGAUGGCCAAAGUCGGCACCCUGGCCCCCAAGACCGUCACGGCCCUGACGGCAGAGUUAUCGAAUAUGACGAUAGAGAACGAUGCGCGGAAAGUCAUACAGCAAAACGUCAUGAGACUAAAGGACAUGGGAAGCUACCGGGGGAGACGACACGCCAUGGGCCUGCCCGUCAGAGGUCAACGCACGAGGACCCAGAUCGAGACGGCGAAGAAGCUUAACCGCGCGGAUAGAAAAUGGUGA